GGACCGUUGCGUCACUUCCGCUGCGCCUCGGGCGGCGCUCGCGCGGCCAGGUCCCGCCGAGAGAAGGCCGAGAAGAACGGGGCGGGGGCCUUGGGGCCGCCGCCGCACUCCCGCCCGCCGGGAUGUCGUACAUGCUGCCUCACCUCCACAACGGCUGGCAAGUGGACCAGGCCAUCCUGUCGGAGGAGGAUCGAGUGGUGGUCAUCCGCUUCGGGCACGACUGGGAUCCGACGUGCAUGAAAAUGGACGAGGUUCUGUACAGCAUCGCCGAGAAGGUAAAAAACUUUGCUGUUAUUUAUCUUGUGGAUAUCACUGAAGUACCAGACUUCAACAAGAUGUAUGAGUUGUAUGAUCCCUGCACAGUCAUGUUUUUCUUCAGGAACAAACACAUCAUGAUUGAUUUAGGUACAGGUAAUAACAACAAGAUCAACUGGGCAAUGGAAGAUAAACAAGAAAUGAUUGACAUUAUAGAAACUGUUUAUAGAGGAGCCCGCAAAGGUCGAGGUUUAGUGGUAUCACCAAAAGAUUAUUCUACUAAAUACAGAUACUGACAUUUUGUUGGGGCUGUGCUUUUCUUUUUUAACCCUUUCUCCACUUAAAUUUAUUUUUCUGUAUGUGUGUACAUACAUAUGUAUAUUA